CGCACGUCAGACGAGGCCGCGGUCGGGAGAAGAGUUGGGAGUCUUUGGCUUACCUGCUGCUGCAGGGCUGUCUGCGCCAUCUGUCAGAAGCUUGAUGCUGCUGUUGGCGCUGAGCGGCCCGUGGGCCGCCAGACUGCGGUCCGGCUUGACGAGGGUGACGCCGUGGUCGGCCGCUGCGCUCCGAGGCUCCAGGGCAGCUGUCUCGGUGCCGGUCGGAAGCGGGAGCGUGGGGUUGCGGGGAGCCGCGGGGCUUCUCCGGCCUCCCGGGCGAGCGCAGAUAUCUAUUUGUUGGGAAGGAUGUGUUCGAUGUUUACAUACACAACUUGAAAAAUCAGAAGAUGGAAGGUUGAUUUAUACUGGGAAUCUGGCCCGAACAGUAUUUGGUGUCAAGUGUUUCUCCUAUUCUACAAGUGCUCUCAGCCUCGCAUUUCUACCAUACAUCUUUGCACAGAAUAAUAUUAUAUUUGGAAGUCUGCCUCUGCAAAUCUUAUUUUAUAGCGUCAUAGGAAGCUUUACAGUGAUCACCCCACUGCUGCUGCAUUUCGUUACAAAAGGCUAUGUCAUUCGGUUGUACCAUGAGGCUACAACAGACACUUAUAAGGCCAUUACUUAUAGUAUUAUGCUUUCAGAAACAAGUACAGUGUUUCAUCAGAAUGAUGUGAAGAUUCCAGACAGCACACACAUGUUUACCACAUUUUAUGCUAAAACAAAAUCAUUGUUAGUUAAUCCAUUGCUCUUUCCAAACCCUGAAGACUAUGACCAUUUAAUGGGUUAUGACAAGCCGUUUACUUUUGAUAUGGAAGAGGCCAGUAAAAAGGAACAGCUUAAAGAUGGGAAAUGAAUCUAUUGUCUGUAUGUUUGUGCUUAAGUGUGAUUUAUCUUUCAAUAUACAAUAUUAAAAUUGCCUUUUAUAUUGUG